UUUCGAUUUCUACUUUGACUUUCAGUGAACUUACAAAGGAAAAUGGCUUCGGCGCCUUCAAACAAUGACCUUACAGCAUGUUCCAUUUGUUUUGAAAAGUUUAAGAUACCAAGAUGUCUACCUUGCUCACACUUAUUUUGCCACGGUUGUCUAUCGUCAUACAUUGUGACUUGGCGUGCAUCUAAAGAGGCGCCCAUGGGGUUUUCGUGUCCGCUAUGUAGGGAAUUCAUCCCAUCACCAGUACCUACUAACAAGCCAGAAAACUGGGCUGAUAAAUUCCCAAUAUGUGAAAUGCUCGAAAAAUACAAUAAUUUCAUGGAAUCUAGACUAUGUUCAGCGUGUCAGAGAGGAAACGAAGAAGAAGAGGCAACGAGCAUUUGUCUGACUUGUGAAGAUGCUUUAUGCGUAAUCUGUACGAAAUGUCAUAGACAAAAUCGGGCAUCAAGUACACACAAAAUAAUUCUAAUUAACGAGCGUAAUAUAGUUGUUCCAUUGACUACUGCUUUACUGAAAAAUGAGAAUUGUGAGGACCACCCCGAUCGAAAAGUCGAGCUGUACUGUAAUGACCACAGUAAAUCAUGUUGCACACUGUGUGCCAGCACUCAGCAUAGAAAAUGUGACAGCAUCGUCGACAUACGGAAAGCCGUAGAGACAAUAAGGAAAAGUGAUAAUAUACAAUCAUUACAAGAAGGACUGAGUAAAUAUGAAGUGGAACUGUUGAGAGUAAAAAAGACACAAGAAGAUAACAUCAUUGAAAUUGACAAUAUUUCGGAUCUCAUAACAGAAGAAACAAAGAAGCUGAAGAGAGAAGUCAUUGAACAAUUAGACAAACUUGAAAGCGAGCAUCAGAAUGAAUUGAGCAGAGUUACGAAGGAGAGCAGGGAAAUAUUGAACAAAAAUAUUGAUUCUCUUUCAGACAGAAUUCAGUUCACCAGUCACUGUCUGAAAAGUCUUCGGGAAGUGAAAGUAGAAACAGGUCCUUCUUUUAUAAAGGAAUACCAGAAAAUCAAAAGACAUUUUGAAAUGAUGAAAAAGCAAAAUUUGAGCAAAACAGAGCUAACGAUCAAGAUUGCAACCUGUGCAGCCAAGGAACUGGAGCAGCUUAAAAUUGCUGUAUCCCAUUUAAAACCUCAAGUAUCAAAAUCUACAAGUCACCCUGUCACUGAUUUAAACUUAACAAAGGCACAAUUUUCUCUUCUCUAUGCUUUUGACGAACCGGAUCUGAACAUAUGCAGUGGCACUUUCCUUCCUGAUGGAAACUUCGUUGUAGCCAGCCACAAUACAUGUACAAAAAAAAAUGAUCUAAUUAAGUACUCUAUGAAGAAUAACACAUCCAAACCGCUAAAAACAUUUUAUUCCAACAGUUGUCUUUUUGAUGUACGAUGUGUCAAAAAUGAACUGUAUGUGACUGACCACACAAAUAAAUGUGUAAUCGUUAUUUCAAAUGAUACCUUCACAAAAAUGCGUGAAUUUUCUGUUCAUCCAAAUUUUAAUCCUUUUGGUAUAGCAAUCUUGGGGAUCUUUCUAUUUGUUGCUUGUGAAACUGCCAUUCUGAAGUAUGAUAUGCAAGGAAACUUGAUUCAUUCUUAUCCUGUAGAAAACAGAGUUCUCUACGUGCUUGUGAUGGAGAGCGGACACAUUGUGUAUAGCAAUGUGGACACCCAUAACGUUACUGCUAUGGACGAUCAAGGGACCUCACUCUGGACAUACAGCAAUCCAAAGCUUAGGACACCCUAUAGUGUGGACAAAGACGAGAUGAAUCAUAUCUAUGUGGCCGGUACAUAUAGUGAUAAUAUUCAUAUAUUGUCUUGUAGUGGCAGACUCAUCAGAAUUGUAGAAAACAUUCCAAAACCUGCUUUUAUGAAAGUUAAAGAAGCCAGUAACAUGUGCUGUGUUUCUAGCCACUUUACAAGAAUUAUAGUAUAUGAAAUAAAGUAAAAUUUCUACUGGAGUAUAUUGUACAGACAGUACAUCAUUUUAUAAUGACAAUACUACAA